UUGAUUGUAUACACCUGUGUCCAUGGAGGGGAUUGGAGCACCUGAGUCACAUGAUAGGGAGGGGAUUGGAACACCUGAAUUACAUGAUAGGGAGGGGAUUGGAACACCUGAAUCACAUGAUAGGGAGGGGAUUGGAACACCUGAAUCACAUGAUUUGGAGGGGAUUGGAACACCUGAAUCACAUGAUAUGGAGGGGAUUGGAACACCUGAAUCACAUGAUUGGGAGGGGAUUGGAACACCUGAAUCACAUGAUAUGGAGGGGAUUGGAACACCCGAAUCACAUGAUAUGGAGGGGAUUGGAACACCCGAAUCACAUGAUAUGGAGGGGAUUGGAACACCUGAAUCACAUGAUUUUGGCCCAAUACUUUUGGUAACAUAGUGUAUAUAAUAUAA